UGCAUUCAAGUACCCGCUUGCCGUGGCGGCCGCGCAAGUUGACUGGACCUGCAGCGAAUGGACAGGACACCAGCCUUGGUCCCUGUUCUUUUCACAUAAGGGGAGGGUGAGAAACAACCCCAGUGGCCACGAGUGCCGGAUCGUUGCCACCCUUACUGAAAAAAGGAGCUGUGGGAUGUCGAUCCCGCAAAUGUGACAUCGGACAACUGUCUACUUGUGGAUUUAUCACACACUUUUUUUUUCUGCUGAAGGGUUUGACCCUCAGGCUGGUCGUCAGCGUCGGAGACGAGUCUCCAGAUCAUCAAUUUAAUCCAUCGCUAUAAUGCGCCCCGUUGAAAGGGUGUUUCUUGUCCAUAGUUCAUCCCAUCCCCCGCUCUACUAAGCUUCGCGAUAGAGAGAUGGUCUUCUCUACUAUUUUACAUGUUCUUGCAUACAUCGGUCUCAGCUCUACUGCCCCUUCACCAUUCGAGGUUGAUCAGGGUUUAGUUGCGAACAACUUGGGGCUGCUGUCUGAUCCCGCGAGUGAACCCCUCCUCCCAUAUGAGUAUUGGGGACGCCUGAACUUCGAUUACGAGUUCAAGAAGCUCCAUCCCGUCAACAUUUCUGGGACGCAAAGGGUCAGCGUCAGGUUUCUCGGAGGGAAUUGGACGGAUACGAAGGGACACGUAAUUGCCAAGGUUCUUCCUAACAUCGGUGGAGAGCAAGGGUACUGGGACAAGAAAAACAAUUUCCAUCUAGAUGUUCGACAAACCAUACAAUUCGUGAGCGAUGGAAAGUACGGUUACGUCCAAUUGAAAGGCUUCAGAAUUAAAACCAAAGGUCCCGGCACCAUAUCCAUUGAGACAGACUCGGCCGAUCACCAGAAAUGGAACAACCAAAUCUUGUAUGCCCUUGGCGGCUUCGUCAGUACUGGCGUGUCAGCUCCUAUCUGGGCGGUGGGUCCGCCUGGGGUCCCCGAGUAAGGAAGAGUGAACGUCCGUUAUGAUGAUGGAGGGCGUUCUUAUGCCCCGCGACAAGGCAGCGUUCUUUUGCCCGUGUGCUUGCACUUUGUGCCUCUUGUAAAAAAUAUCCAUUUUAGGCUUUUCAACGUCCGUUUGGGACCCUUUGUCCAUUGGUUUGAAUGCAUGAUGAUUGGUCCCUUGGAAAGAACGUCCACUAAGCGAGAAGCCCU